UGCUCUUGAUUUUCUCGGGCCUGAAAAACACUGCGAUCAAACGCAUGUGCUGGCUUAGUUCGACGGAUUGUAUCGGGCGUGAGGCCUUCCCCAUACCAAUAUGACAUCGGAACGAGCCAUUCAUAUGGCGGCCAAUUACUUUGAUAUGAAUGGGCGUUUCCCUUAUGUACGUGUUGCCGGAACAGGAUGUCAAGCCGAGCAUGGCGUCUGUCAAUUUGCUACUGCUACCAGCUGGAGGGUUCAUUCGGAAACCAUGGCUGCUGAGGUUGCUGCGCCAUAUAGACAUUAACUCGUCAUCGGAAACGGUUGUGGUAACGCUUCUGUCAUCAUGAAAGCUCGGCUUUGAGCUUAAUAAGUCUUUGGGCUGGGAUAUGAGUAGAUCCGCUAUAUCCAUUCGAUAAAAGAAAAUGUUUAAUGGGCAUCGCCUGACACGCUGAAACUAGGGGCUCGCUUUAUAUAGCUUUUAUAUCAAUGAAGCCAUCCUCCUAUUUCAAUGCGCCGUAUUAUUUUGUGUAUGCACUUAUUUAAACGAAG